CAGUGUUUCUGGUCUGUUUUCAGGGGGAACUGGAUUGGAGAAGCCCCCUACAAAACCGCGCCCUGCUCUGAGUGCCCGCCCAGCUAUGGAGGCAGCUGCAAGAACAACUUGUGCUACCGAGAGACUUAUGACCCAAAACCUGAAGCAGAUGAGAUGAACGAGGUGGAGGUGGCACCUGGCCCCGAGGAGAAACUCGUCUGGGUGCAGCCGAGGGUGAGCAGACCCUCGCAGCCCAAGAAAACCCCGGCCGUGAACUACAUGACUCAAGCCAUCAGGUGUGACACCAAGAUGAAGGACAAGUGCAGAGGCUCCACGUGCAACAGGUACCAGUGUCCAGCAGGCUGCCUGAAGAGCAAGGCGAAGAUUUUUGGAACACUCUUCUAUGAAAGUGCGUCCAGCAUCUGCCGCGCUGCCAUUCACUAUGGGAUCCUGGAUGACAAAGGGGGCCUGGUGGACAUCACCCGCAACGGGAAGGUCCCCUUUUUUGUUAAGUCGGAGAGAAAUGGCGUGCAUUCUUUGAGCAAAUACAAGGCUUCCAGCUCAUUCAUGGUGUCCAAAGUAAAAGAGCAGGACCUGGACUGCUACACCACGGUCGCUCAGCUCUGCCCGUUUGAGAAGUCGGGGACCCACUGCCCGAGAGUUCAUUGUCCGGCGCUCUGCAAAGAUGAGCCAUCCUACUGGGCUCCUCUGUUUGGAACCAACAUCUAUGCAGACGUGAGUAUCCUGGUAUUUUUAUUGAUCACUUCUCCCAGCCUGUUAAUUCCACGGAAAGCACAUCCCAAGGUCUGGAUACCUGGUAUCUCCACCCUGGGCCUUCCUAAAUUUAGACCACUUGUUUCUGCAACCUUUGCCCUUGUUUCCCAUUUAUAAAGCCUUUACUACUUUCCCCUGCCAAUGAGGAAUAUAGAUGUAGGUGUACCUCAUAUGACACAGCUGUGGUCAU